CCCACCCGCCACCGACGCACACGGACACGUUUCUUCUUCUCUCUCGGCUCUUCCUCUCUCCCAACAACAACAACAGUUUCAACAACUUCUUCUUCUGUAUUUGCUCGUCCGCGUUACUACACCCAACAAUUUCUGGUUGUCGUCCCGGCUCCAAAGUGUCGAGUCAUUAGAAAAAAAGGAAGAAUUUGAGGACUCGUCAUGUUUUCACUUCGGUGACCGUCAGCGUGAACGUGAACGUGACUUUUGGGGGUUUUCCAUUUCCCCCCCACCAACCAUCUGACCAACCGACGAAUCAAAAAGUGUUGCUCUGUGCCGUGUGUGGCGUGUGUGGUGUGUUAAAGUGUUGGUGGUGUUGUUGUUUUUGUUUUGUUUUUUCUUCCCAAAUUCCCCAAAUGGCGGCGACAAUCAACCGAGUCACGUGAUUUCCCUCUCCGGGUCCCCCCCAACCCCACCCCGGCCCUCCUUACCGAAAAAUCGUCCGACUGUCGUUGUCGUCGUGUUAUCUCGACGGCCUCUACUCUCUCGGUUGCUGCUGAUAGCCAAACCAACUUUAUCCUCUUUACUUUGGCCGUUUUUGUCUCUUUUUCCCGUUUUUUUCAUUUCGAUUCUCUGCUCGCCGCCGACGGACACGACACGCCACGCGUGAGAAAAGAAACAAAAGAAAAAUUGUGUCUUCUUCUUUUUAUUCGGUUCGGUUCGGCCACCGUUUAGUGUCUGUCGUCUGUUGGCCAUCCGUUACGCCUUCAACCCCAAUUUGAUCCCCUCCUUAUAGAAAAAGAAAGAACUGACAAAAGAUGGAGAUGCUCAAUUCAUUGAAUAUUUUAGCCGGAAAGAUCUCACCGCAGAAUCACGACGGAGAGACGACCACAUCCGCAAACAGUUCCGCCGAUCACUCACCAUCAUCCGCAAGGAUGAACGGACGUGUGGCCGAUCAGCCGGAUCCCGACGCCAUCAAAAUGUUUGUGGGCCAAAUUCCGCGCUCGAUGGACGAAAAUGAUUUGCGCAAAAUGUUUGAAGAUUACGGACAAGUCCAUCAGGUCAACGUCCUCCGCGACAAAAUCUCCGGCCAGAGCAAAGGUUGCUGUUUCGUCACGUUCUACAAGCGCAAAGAUGCCCUGCAGGCGCAAAACGACAUGCACAACAUCAAAACGUUGAGUGGGAUGCACCAUCCGAUCCAGAUGAAGCCGGCCGACAGCGAGAAUCGCAACGAGCGCAAACUGUUUGUGGGAAUGUUGUCGAAGAAAAUCAGCGAGAACGACGUGCGGAUCAUGUUCAGCGCUUACGGAUCCAUCGAGGAGUGCACCGUCCUCCGCGACAACAACAACAUCAGCCGAGGAUGUGCUUUUGUGACGUUCACGUCGCGUCAGUCUGCCGUCACUGCCAUCAAGACCGUGCAUCACUCACAAACGAUGGAGGGAUGCUCGUCGCCGAUGGUCGUCAAGUUUGCCGACACCCAGAAGGAAAAGGACCAGAAACGGGUCCAUCACGUGGGUAGCACCACCAAUCUCUGGGGUGGAAUCGGCAUCAACAAUUUACCUCCGCAAUACCUGACGGGACUACCGUCGAACGGAGGCGCAAGUUUGUCGCAGUUGAGCGGACUCAACGCGCUGGGCGUCCAGCAACUGUUGGCAGCCUCGUCGCAAAAUUCGCUGGCCAACACUCAAGCCGCUCUACAAAGUCUGGCCAACUUACAGAGUCAGGCCGGACUGGGAAUGAGCGGAAAUGGAAGUCCAGGCUCGGCAGUCAACGACCUCAAUUCAAGUCUGGCCGCCCUGGCCAAUUUCAACAGUCAAAACAUUUUCGGAUCAUUAGAUAUCAACGCGAUGAACAUGCAGAACCUGGCCGCCUUGGCCGCCAUCGCCAGCAACGGAAAUGGAAUCCAAUCGCUCGGUUCAGCUUUCACGCACGGAGACGUCAUUGUACCCGUGACAGCUUCAGCUGGCCAUUGGGCUCCAGUUGUCGGAGGAUCGGCCAGCAAUUCGCUGGGCCAUCAACUGGUGGCCGCUGGCCCCACUGCCACAGCUGCCGCCACACAACCGUCCCAUUCCAACAGCCAACAACAACAGCAGCAGCACCAACACCACCACCAGAGUUUAGUCAACAAUCGCGGGACAGCUGGAACAGCAGCAGCCACGGCGACGUCGGCCGGAAUCAACGGAUUGGGGACGUCGGCAGCCGCUGCGGCAGCCGCCGCCGCCGCCAAUCUCGAAGCCCUGGCCAACGCCUACACGGCCGGCAUCCAGCAGUUCACUACAGCUUUCCCCAAUUUCACUAGCGGCCAGGUGGGGAUGAAUGGCGCCAACGGCGGGAGUGUCAGUCCCCUGGGUGGCAGCGGCAGCGUGACGGGUAGCGGAUUGCGCCAGCAGGAAGGGCCGGAAGGAUCCAACCUGUUCAUCUACCACCUGCCGCAAGAGUUUGGCGACACGGACCUCUGUCAAGCCUUUUCGCCCUUUGGCAACAUCCUAUCAGCCAAAGUCUUUAUCGACAAGCAGACCAAUUUGUCAAAGUGUUUCGGUUUCGUGUCGUACGACAACCCGAUGAGCUCCCAGGCGGCCAUCCAAGCCAUGAACGGCUUUCAAAUCGGCACCAAACGGCUCAAAGUCCAGCUGAAACGUUCCAAAGACGCCUCGAAACCUUAUUAAAAAAAAAGAAACAGAAAAACUCUCGGGGGGAGAGAAAUAAAUAUUUUGAAAUUCGAAAAAAAAAUUAAAAAAAGAAAAAAAUAUUUUUUUGUUGAUGUCACUGAACGCAACAAGCCACCGCCCCAUUACAAAAAAAAAGAAACGUACAAUUUUCAAAUGACUGGACAAACACGCCUUGCCCCUUCCCCCUUUCUUGGUAGUAAGUUGGGAAUUUUAAAUUUUUUUUGUUUUCAUUUUAUUUUUUAAAAAUAAUUAUUAUUAUUCAAUUUGAAAUGCGACCAAAUAACCUAGUCACAUUUAUGGAAAAAAGUGCAAAGCCUAUAAACAUAUCAUGUGAUUGGUUCUUCUUAAAUUUCUUUAUUUCACAAAUAUUUCACAAAUAGAGAAAACAAAUUGAUUUAAACCUUUUUUUUUGAAUUCUUCUCGAUUCAUUUUUCCCGCUCAAAUUCAAAUGAUUGAAAUUUUCUAGUCUAUCUCAGGGUUUUGUCGUUGACUACAUGUUUUAGCUGUAACGUUUUUGUCUCUCGUCUCUCGUAUCGAAUGUUGUUUUUGAUUUGAUUUUCUCUUCUUCUUCUAGGUUUCCUUGUGUCCGUGUGUCCGUGUGUGCACCACAACCAACCAACCAACCAACCACAAAUU